CAACUUAAAUUAUUUUGUCUUCUCUCACUUCCAUAAAAGCAAAAGGCAGUUUGGUAGGCUGCACUGAUUUUAGCUUUGAUGGGCGUGGUUUAAUUUUGCAUUGUAUCCAUGUUUUUUUGUGAUAAGUGAUAGCGACCUGCCCUAGCUCCAAGCAGUCCAAACUAUUGAAGGGGUUUAGGGCCUGGUGCCUAUUUUGAUUUGCUGGCUCUGGCCAUGCCAUCCAUUCAUUCAAACAUUGAGGUUAAAAUUUAAAGAGAGAUCAUAGCUGAACCUUAAUUUGAGAAAUGUAGUAACGAAAUGAGCCAAUGAGGCCAAAAGGCAUUCAACAAACAUGGCUCUACUUUGUGGCUUUAGGAGACUGCCCUGCUUGCAAAGGUCGGUGGUGCAGGUGACGGCGCCGUGGCUGUCGGCGCGCGCGGCGGCUCCCCUCAGUGUCAGUCGGCCGGCGCUCUCCUCCCAGCUGGCUGAGGACCACGUCAAACACUGGAACGCCGAGCGGCUGCUCACGGUCGGCCUGCUGGGCGUGCUGCCGGUCGCCUUCACCUUCCCCAGCCCGGCGCUCGACUACGCCGUGGCACUCUCGGUCGCCGUCCAUAGCCACUGGGGCAUGGAGGCCAUCUUCGCCGACUACGCGCGGCCAAAGCGGGUCGGCGUGUUCCUCUCGAAGGCGGCCAUCGGCGCCAACUACUUCAUGUCGGCCUUCCUUCUCGGCGCCCUGUUCUACUUCAACUACACCGACGUCGGUGUCGUCGAGGCCGUCAAGAUGCUGUGGCGGGCCUAGAGCGGCCCGGGCAGGGCCGGUGCGCUCCCGCGCGAGAGGCCAGGGGCGGGUGUCGCGCGGUCGGCGCCGCCCGAGCUUUACAAUAUGGCCGGCGGUUGCGAUGCGGGUGGCUUUCUCAGCACAGCUGAGUGUAUAUACGGCGUCAGUGACUGUGCGAGCGGUAGGAGUGAGUUGAAAGCGUUGGUGACGGCGUAGUCUGACGGAAGUAGAGGCUACCCGUGUUAUGUUGCUGCACUGUGACUCGUUUUGGCUGAUUGGAUGUAGGUGGAUCGUAUGUCAGUUGAACUGGCGUCUUGCGGAGACAAAUGUGAGAUGCGGGAAAACGAAAUGAACGGUUAAGACCCUA